AUGAAGUCUAAGCACAAGAUUCGUUCACCUUUAACCAAUGUUGUUCGUAAACCGCAGGUUUUGCAUCAUGGAGUCAUCUUUCGUGAGAUUCCUGCCCCUACAUCACCGUAUUCAAAGAAAAGAAGGGAAACAGACAUGGCCAAACAUAUUUCAAAAAAGAAAAAGAAGGGAAGAGUGGUUAUUUCAUCCAAAUCUACAGCUGAUGAAACUGAAACCAUUCCAGAGACACCAAAAGCUGAUCUUCAAAAAGAUAAUGUAAUACCACCUGAAUUUUUGUUUGCCAAGACAGUUUCUGUGGAGGCACAAACUUCUGACAUUAUUGUAAACAUAUCUAAUAUGGAUGCAAGUGUCACAAUGGGUGAGGAUGCUUCGCAUGUCGCUGAAAAAAGUAAAUCUUCGGAUAUUACUCCAGACACAACUAUUUCUUUAUCUUCACAGGUUACACCUAUCAUUCCAACAACAUCCACAACCGAUUCUCCUACGUUUUCAACUAUUAUUCAACAACCAUUCACAUCUUUGUUUUCUUCACAAUAA